UCCGUUCCUUCCCUCUGCUAAAACGAAACAAUCUGCUUGCGUUCGGCCAGGACAGCGCCCGGCGGGGAGGUCGGCGCAACAUGGCAGCGGCUGAAGGAAACACCGAGGGCAAAAUCCUAACGAUCUUCGUCUACGACCAGCGUCGGGAUCAGUCACAUGACGCCAAAAUAGUCCUUCGAGGUCACCAGGGAAACUAUAGGGACUUCCGUAACGCCGUCCACCAGGCAUUUGAUAUUUCCUCCAAAGAAAUUUUUGUUAUCACAACAACUGAUAGAAAAAAAAUAACAAGUGAAAACUUUGAUCAAAUUGUUAAAGACAAGAUGACUCUCUACUUACUACAAAGAGUUGAUCAGUUGCUCACUUCAGCAACAAAGGAGUGCAUUGAGUUUUUGCCACAUUAUAACACACUUCUGAAAAGUGGAACAUAUGAAUACUAUGACAGCAAAGGGCAAACUCCUCUUCCAUAUGCACUUGCAGAAUUGAUUGAUAACUCCUUAUCAGCUACUUCUCAAAAUUCUGGAAUUCGGUGCAUACAGUUAAAACUGUUAUUUGAUGCUAGCCAAGGAAAACCAGCUGUUGCUGUGAUUGAUAAUGGAAGAGGCAUGACUUCUAAACAACUAAACAACUGGGCUGUGUAUCGAUUGUCAAAGUUUAUACAACAAGACAAUAUAGAAAGUGAUCAUUCAGGAUAUGUAAUUCCUCAACCAAUACCUCGCAGCUUAAACAGUGAUAUAUCGUAUUUUGGGGUUGGUGGUAAACAAGCUGCGUUUUUUGUUGGACAGUCUGUUAGAAUGAUAAGCAAACCUGCAAAUUCUCAAGAUGUUCAUGAACUUGUCCUUUCAAAAGAAGAUUUUGAACAGAAAGAAAAAAACAAAGAACCUGUAUACAGAACCUAUAUAAGAAAUAGAAAGCCAUCUGAUUCUUCCCACAUUGUUAAUGUUGAUGAGCGAUUUCUGCACAAACUUAUUUUGGAAGAGAAAGGGAAAGACAGUUUUACUGCUGUUGUCAUUACUGGAAUGCAGCCUAAGCAUGUACGAUAUCUGAAAAAUAAUUUUCCCCAUUGUAUAAGAGAGUUAAAACACAUAUAUCAUUACUAUAUCCAUGGACCAAACGGAAACAUGACUAAUUUGCAAAUGAAUGAAGAAAUGAUUUCCAAUAAUAUGUUUAUUGAGAUUUCACUAUUUGAAAAGGGGAAGACACCUCAGAUUGUGAAUCUUAGAGAAAUCAAGGAUGAUAUGCAGAGUUUAUAUAUAAAUACAGCAGCAGAUAGCUUUGAGUUCAAGGCUCGUGUUGAAGGAGAUGGAAUAGUGGAAGGAAUUAUACGUUACCAUCCUUUCUUAUAUGACAAAGAAACCUAUCCUAUCUCUUCUUCAAAUGAAGAUGAAGAUGAAGAAGAGGAUUGUUAUAUAAUAGAAAAAAGAACCAGUGGGGAAGAAGCUAUUUUUAAAUGUUUUUGGAAUGGAAGAUUAAUUCCAUAUACAACUAUAGCAGGUUUUGAAUGGUGUACUUUACCCAAAAAGAGAGGGCCUGUUCCAUUUGAAUGUUACAACCGAAUAUCUGGUGUAUUAUUUACAAAUGGCAACUUUGAAGUCACCACAAACAAACUGACUUUCGUGGAGUUGGAAUCAAAGUUAAAAGAUAAAAAUACACUUUUUACAAGAAUUGUUAAUGGACAGGAACAGAGAAUGAAAAUUGAUAAAGAAUUUGCAUUAUGGCUCAACAAUUGCCACCAAACACAUGAUAAACAAAUCAAAUUUACUCAGUUUAAAGAAAUGGCUGCACGUACUGAUCAGGCUUAUAAAGGAAAACAGAAACCUUGGGCUACAUAUGAGGCAAUUGAAUGGGAUGGAAAAAUAUAUAAAGUUGGGCAGCUGGUGAGAUCAAUUGGAAGAGCUCCAGUACUUCAUGGCAGAAUUCAAAAUUUUUAUCUAUAUGGAAAUCAUGAUGGAGAUGACUUUGCUCCUGGUGGAGAUGUUCAAAUAGCUUUGGAGCCUCAAGCAUUAUACAAUGAAAUAAAGUUUAUUCCAAUAAGCAAACUUGAUCGUUCAGUGUCUGAAGCAGAACUGGAAAAAUACAUUGAUGAGGAAAUGGCUCGAUUUCCUGAUAGACUGUCAGUAACAUGGCCUGACGGAAAUGAAUUAUCAUCAGAUGACAUUAAGUGUGCAGGAUUUACAAUAGGACCUAUGCAAAUUGAAAUAAUGAAUAAAAAAGGCGAGUCUAUCCAAAAACUUCCAGGACCACGUCAUGGAGGAUUAAAUAAAUUACUUGUGCAACUUAAGGUUGUUUUGCACUCUUCUGAUAAAAAUAAGGAACUCAUUUGUCUCAUCAGUAAAUAUGGAGUGAGAUGGGCUUACUGGUUCAAAAAAAUGGAAAAUAUUGUUGACCUUGGAAUCUACACACUAACUCUACAAGUGGUGUUGAAUGACAGUCAUGCAGACACUUAUGCAGGAAUCCGUCUUCCAUCUAAAAAAUUUAAAUUCCGUGUAAGAGAAGGCAAACCUCAGAAGUUUACAAUAGGUAAUUUGGAGACUCCAUUACGGAUAGGGCAUCCAUUCAAUAUUCCUCUAGAUGUCCAGGAUGAAUUUGGACAUACCACUCUACUGACGGAAAAUAUUAUACCAGUCCUUGAAGCAAGUGAUCUAACAUUACACUAUGAUAUAAAAAGAACACCAAAUUGCGCCAUUACAGGCAUAAUUGCUAAAGGCCUUGUAAAUAAUUGCCAAGGCAAGAACUUUAAUCUAAAGAUUACUCUUCCUGGUCUAAAGGAAGAGUCCCAAGUUUUGAAAAUUAAACUUUUCCCAGGCCUUCCUCAGCAGCUAAAUGUGAAACUAGAUUCUGAUGUCUUGAAAAUUGAGAAUGGAACAGCUUUCUCUUUUCCUGUUGAAGUAUUGGAUGUAGUAGGCAACAUAACAGCUCAACCAAAACUACUUGUUCAGUGCAAGUUUUUAGGAGUUCCAGGCCUUCCUGUAUAUUGUGUGGAUUACAGCAGUCCUGAUAAAAAUACAUUAACUGGACCAGUUCUUCACAUUCAAAAUUUAAAGAAAGUGCAAAUACUUGAAGCAAUAAUUGAAAUACCAAGUUGUAAAAAUGUGUCACCGGUGAACAAGACUAUUCACCUGGUUCCUAGUAGCCGUGCUGCAGAACUGCAGAUUAAUUGCAUUGAAAGAGAAAAACGUAUUCAGAUUAAAAAUGGGGAAGUAAUUAACCGUGUUGCAGGUGAUGUGCUAAAAAACCUUACUUUCCAAAUGUAUGACGAGGGAGAAAGAGAAAUCAAAAUAACUCCAGCUCUAGCUGAAAAGGUUAAAAUAAGUUGGACUCCAAAGCUUAAUAGCAAACAACUGAUCAAAGGGUUGCUACCUGAUGUGAAGGUUCCAACAUCUAUAAAAGAUGAAUGCUGUUGUCUGCUUACAUUCAGUGAUGAACACGUUUCUUUGGCAAGUUCAUUUGUGGUCAGACCGCUUGCUGAUAAGCCAAAACAUAUCAAAUGUGAAAUUAAAGGAUCAGAUAUAAUAAAAAUGGGUGAAAAGCUGCAGGAUGAAAUUGAGAUAAUGAUUACCGAUCAGCAUGGAAAUCAGAUUCAGUCCCUGGCAUCAUUUUGUAUGACUGACUUGAAGAUUUCUGGGAAUGGCCUGGAUAAAUCAGAUUUGAAAACUUUUUGGAAGCAAAGUACACAAACUAUUUCUAUCAAAGGAAUUAAAUUUGAACCAGGCCCACCAGAAGUUAAAGAACUGCAUGUUUCUUGGCAUAAUUUAUCCCAUUACCUGAAGUUAAGAUUGAUUGCUGGCCCUCCUGUUAAAUUGGAUCUUCUGGAUUGGAUAGAACCAUUGACGGCUAUAUCUGUAAUUAAUGGCAAAAAAUUACCAAAGGCUCUUAUAAUCCAGCUCUUUGAUCAGUGGAAUAAUCCAUCUGCUGAACGUAAUGUGAAAAUCACACUUAUAAAAGAUAAUAAAAUAAAGAUUUUUCCUUCAAAUGUGCAGUAUUUAACAGAUGAAACUGGUAGAGCAAGCUUUGGAGUUCCUAUUAUUUGUGCUCCUAAAGGACAGUACCCCUUGCAGUUCAAGGCCAUCUAUAACAAGCCUGUGCUAAGCAGUCCAGUGAUCCAGAUAAAUGUUUUGCCUGACCCAGAGAAACCUGUACGUUUAAAUGUAACAUAUGAUGAGAAUGCUAUCUUUACUGCUGGAAACACUUUUCCUGAUUUCAAGGUCAAUGUUAUUUCUGAAGAUGACAACAAUAUUACAAAUAUAAAUCCAGGAAGUAUUUGUAUGAAAAUCAUGGAAACAGACAAUAAUGAAAAUAUUACAACAUUUCAGUGUACCAAAGCAAACAAUGACAAUGAUGAGGGUUUUUUUUACUUCAGGAAUAACAUGGUUCCAGAAAAAGCAACCAAAUACAGCAUCCAAUGUAUAUUUACAAUUGAUGAAACCAGUGUUCUUCGCAGUAAAGAGAUUAUAGUUGAUGUGGUGCCAAACAAACCAGCACUGUUGAAGCCACAAACUUUGCCAAAGACCCCUGCUGUUUUUAAUGUUCAGAAUGUUGACAGUCGGACCAUUGUCAAGAACCUGACUCUCAUUGUAACGGAUGAAUACAAAAACCGUACAGGAAGUGAUUUAGAUGGGAAAAUUGUAGCAAAAAUCAAAAGUUCAACUGAGAACGACCUUGAUAGUCCCCUGUUUAUGGGUGAAACAAGUACAGUUGAAUUUCCUUUUCACAAAGGAAUUGUUGAAAUUGAGGCUCUUGUGCUAGCAGAAAAUAGUCCAGGAAGAAAUAAAACCGAGUAUACUCUUGUAUUGGAGCCAGUCAUACCUGCUUGGAAACAUUUGCAACCUUAUUUUUUAACCUUUAUGUUUUAUAAUGAUUAUAAGGUUCAACAGCAGAUGUCAAAUCUUACUCAAGAGAGAGACUGCCUUUCACAGUCAAUAAAAGCAUAUAGAGAUUGGUUCGAUGCUAAGGAUCAGCUUAUUGCUGAAACAAAACGCCAAGCAGAGGAAGUUGGAAAAAAGGAGUUACAGCUCAAGAAUGAACUGAAAAAACGUCAAAUUAACAUACCUCAGGCCAAUGUGCUGCAAUAUAUUAAUUCCUCAAUAAACCUUAAGCAGGCUGAGCAGGAAAGAAUAUUGAAACAACCUAGAAGAAUAUGCACACUUAGCAAUUAUUCCAGACGUAAUCAGUAUAUUUUGGGCAAGGUUUCACACUUAGCACAAAUUGAAGAUGACGAAGUAGCAAAGGUCGUUUCCUGGCAUUUGGCAAGUGAUAUGGAUUGUAUAGUUACUUUGACAACAGCUGCUGCACGGCGUAUUUUUGAUGAGACUAAAGGUACACAACAAGUAUUGCCUCUUGAUUCUAUUUAUAAGGAGAGUCUUCCAGAUUGGAACAGACCUUUACCUCUGAACAAUGAAGGAAACUCUUUCAGUCCUAUUGGAAAUCCUGUAUUUGCUAGGAACUUGCUAAUAUUUCCAGAGCACAAGGAGCAUUGCCAAUAGUGUUUGGGAUGCUCUUGGGUAAUACAAUUAUUAUUGACAACCUGGAUGCU